AUGACAUUUUUAAAGUGUUUCCGUAAAGGUAACGAAACACCCGUACAAAAACUUGCCCGAAAAAGUGGUAUAGUGCCUUCGGCUUUACCAAACGUGCUUCAAAACAACGCUAUCGCUACGAAUGUGCUUUACGCCGUAAAAAACAUGAUGAUAGUUGAAGAUCCAGCAAUCGUUGUAAAAUGGAAUGAUCCAGGAUUCAACGAUGUUCCCGCAAUACCUGGCUGUAGAAAUGGCGUUGCUGGACAAACACUAAAUGCGAUUGUAGCCCAUUUUACAGCAAACGGAGGAUUCGAUGUCCAAGGACUAAAUACCGUUUUUGUAUUUAGAACAAACAAUGAUCUUGGACAGUGUUCGCCAUCAGAAUGGUAUUCCGGACACAGAAUGAAGAUAUUUGAACAGCAAAUAAGCAGAAAGAAUAUUAAACGUAUGUUACGACCUUACGCAGAACUAAAUCAAGCAAAACAACAACGUAUAGCAGCUUUUGCUCUGGACACUUUCGAAGUUAAUUAUAAUUAUAAAGUUGUUGUUAUUUUAGUAGGCACUGCAUCAAUUAUAUAA